AUGUUCAGCGAUGCCUCAAGGUUUGCUAAGGCAUGCCCAGAGUGUGCCAUCACCACAGCAGCUGGCCGGCGGAUCAAACCACCACUGCACCCAAUUCAAGUUGGAAGACCUUUCCAGAUAUUGGGGAUUGACAUAAUGGAUCUUCCCCUGACAGACAGUGGACAUCGUCAUGUGGUUGUCAUCCAAGACCUGUUUACAAAGUGGCCUUUCAUAUUCCCAGUGGCAGAUCAAAGAACUAACAGAAUAGCACGACUCAUAGCUGAGGAGGUCGUUCCCUGGUUCGGAGUACCGGAGGCACUCCUUUCUGACCGAGGAGCAAAUCUUUUGUCUCAUCUUGUCCUCGACCUUUGUCGCCGGACUCAGCAGCCCAAUGCCAGCCCCAAACUCAAGUGCCUCACAAUAGACAGGAAGAUCCUCAAGAGAAGAUUCAGCCAGCCGCCCCAGUUGAGGGCCCAAGACAGAGGUUGCCUGGUGGGAGGGGUUCCCAGGCAGUUGGACCACAUUGUUCUGCCUAUCCCUGAGCCUCCUGGUACCAUUGCUAGCAAUAUCCCACCCACAUACUCGGGCAUUGGUCCCAACGACACUAGUAUUGUUGUGGAAUGUCUGAGCCCUAAUACCAACCACAGCAUCUCUCUGUUUGCUUACACCAGCUCAGGCUGUAGCAACGUCUCCACUGCCAUCAACCAGACCAAAGAAGAUGGAAAUGAGUCUGUGACGUAUGCAAAUGGUGUGAGGUACAUGAAUGCUAGGCUGGAAUCAGGCUCCGAUUACAGCUUCUUUGUCAGAAUAGAUCUGAGAUCAGACACUGGGGAGGCUCUCAGGAUUCGUACCAACUUCACCAACCUUUUUACGAGAGAUGAAAUUGCUGACAACAAUGCAGCCGGCGCAGCUGCUGGUGGAGUGAUUGUAACCUUGGUAACUAUUGCUGCCGCCUGCGCAAUUAUUCUUCUAAUUUUCUUCAUUUUGAGGCGCAAGCAUCGCUCCCAGAAGCUGGAUAUCCGACAAGAGGUUGCCCUGGAAGACAUGGCUAGUAGCAAGAACCCUGUCACAGCUAUCUCCAGUCAUGUUAUAGCCAACCCGCUGGCUGCUCCACACCGGAGGACAUUUGAGCCAAUCCCUGUUAGAAACUUUGCAGCUCAUGUUGUUCACCUUCACUCCAAUGAUGAUUUUCUCUUCGCUGAGGAGUACUCGUCCGUUGAGCCUGACCAUGCCCCCAUGUCAGAAGUGUGUCUUCGACCAGAGAAUCAGUCCAAGAACCGCUACGCCAACAUCAAAGCAUAA